CACUUCUCCCUCCAAGCAGAAAUGUCAAAAUGGCGUCAACGCAGGACGCUUGGUAUAUUUCUUUACUUGGUUUAGCGGAACAUUUCCGUACAUCAAAUCCUCCUGACAUAAAAAGUUGCAUUCAGUGUCUUCAAGCUGUAUUUAAUUUCAAACCGCCACAAAGAGUCGAGGCCAGAACACAUUUACAACUUGGAAAUAUCCUUUUGACACACACUAAAAACAUCGACUUGGCGAGAACGCAUUUGGAACAGAGUUGGUGCUUAUCUCAGACUAUUACUGGAUUUGAUGAUGUUAAGUUUGAGGCAGCGAGUGUGCUCGCGGAGUUAUUCGAGCAGCAGGGCCAACCAACUCAUUCGAAACCUAUAUUACGAAAAGCUAUUGAAUUAUCACAGCACAGCGUUUACUGGCACUGCAGACUAAUAUUCCAGUUGGCACAAAUUCAUGCAACAGAGAGAGAAUAUGAAGUAGCUAGUAGUUUGCUUGGUGUUGGUGUGGACUAUGCACAGAUUUCCAAUGCAGCAUAUACUAGAGUACUAUUUCUACUCAGUAGGGUUAUGUUACUAUUAAUAGACAAGAAAAUCCAGGAAGUAUUACCGUUAUUGAACCAGGCCGGUCAUCUUGUUGAGACAUGGGCCGGUAGUCCUCACCAGAAAGAAUAUCUUAAAGUAUUUUUCCUUGUGCUGCAGGUGUGUCAUUAUUUGAUGGCUGGUCAAGUGAAGAGUGUGAAACCAUGUCUGAAACAAUUACAGCAGAGUAUUCAGACUAUCAUGGCUCCGACCUGGCCCGACGAUGAUGCGGUGUGCGGGAGUGCCUCGGGGGAGUCAUUUGUGUGGUUGUCAAGACAGCAACUGUAUGUGUUGGUGUACCUCGUGACAGUCAUGCAUUCAGCUCAGGCUGGUUAUAUGGACAAAGCUCACAAGUACACGGAGAAGGCUCUCGCCCAAAUAGACAAGUUGACCUCGAGUGAGGAGGCGAGCGAGGGCAGCGGGGCGGGCGCGGGCGGCUCGGGCUCGGUGCGCGGCUGUGCGGCGCUCGCCUGGAGGCUGCGGAUGGCGCUGCUGGAGCACGCCGCCCUGUGCCGGCUCGUGGCGGGCGGGAAAGCACACGCUCUACACGAGAUAGCACGCGCCGCCCACCUGCUCUCCACCGCACCUAAUGCGAACGCGGCGGCGGCCCACACUCCACAACUUCACUGCUUACUCGGAUUGUACGCUAUGUCCAUGAACUGUAUGGAGGCGGCCGAGGCACAGUUCCAUACAGCCAUACAUAUGUCACAAGAAAGGGAUUUAUGGAUGUUUGCGAAACUGAAUCUAGCUAUAGUUUAUUUGAGAGGCAGACGGGACAAUGACCUGGCACAGUUGAUGGAGCAGGUUCGACCAGAGGCGUUGCCUACAUACGCUCACGGUCUGCGAGCUGCCUCCUACUACGUGCUGGGACUGCAGGCCUUUUUCCAGGCGCGGUACAACGAGGCCAAACGGUAUCUCCGGGAGACAUUAAAGAUGGCAAACGCGGAGGACCUGAACCGCCUGACGUCCUGUUCGCUGGUAUUGCUCGGCCACAUCUUCCUGUCGAUAAACAACUCGCGGGAGAGUAUGAACAUGGUGACACCGGCCAUGCAACUCGCUAGCAAAAUACCCGACGUCCAUGUACAGCUGUGGGCAUCCGCGAUACUAAAAGAUCUGUAUCGUCUCGCGGGCGACACGGAACGAGAGAACGAGGCAUACCAGAUGCAUUGUAACUUCUCCCAGGCCUUGCUCAAGGACCACUUCCAAGCCACCCAACUGCCGCAGCACGCGCUCGUGCACUGGACCACGGGCGCGCCCCCCGCCCUGCCCCCUCCACACUCUUAGUGACGUCACGCUCACCCCACUGAUACAAAGUGAAUUGUGACUCAAAUGUCAUCAUACUGAUAGUGACCUCCACCAUACCACUCGCCCACGAUGCUGCGGCAGUCGGCACGCAUCAUGACUGAUAACGGCUUAAUACCAGUGACGAUGAUCGGCUUAUUGUAAAUUUGUGUAUGGACGAUGUACAAAUUCUAUUACCUACAUAAGAAUCCUGUAUAUAUUUAAAUGGUAAGGUAUGACUUAUAUUUUCGAAAUAUUUUGUAAAAAAUGUAUCAAUUUUAUUUGGAGUUAGUUUAUUGUAUUGCUGAACUGAACCUAUUACCGGCUUUCAAACGGUCCGCGUAACACGUAUUUUUUUUUUAACAUGGUAUAUUUUUCUAAGAUAUCAAUGAUAACAUUCACUUAUCUGUACUAUUAAAACACCUUUUAUUUAAAAUGUAUCCGGUAUCUGAUGUCUGUACAUGUUUUAGUUGCCUGGUAUAACGCCAUUAUUAAGCCUGAUGUUUUGAUAAAUAUAUUGCUUGUACUUGAAUCAUAUUAACGGCUCAUUCAUAAUUACACUUGAAAUGUUUCAGUGUGUUUAAAUCAGUACAAAUUUAAUGUAGUCCCAGAGCUUGCUGUGCUAAACGCCUGCACACACAACUAAUGUAGGAUCCCGGACUAUAAUAUUCUAAAGCCAAGGAAUGUUUAAUGUUAUCUGGCAUUUGAUUCAUAUGAGGUACAUGUUUGGUUGAUCUAUUAGAUAUAACUAUUGUAUUAAAUGUCCCUUAUUUAGGUUUAUUUAUUAAAUUUGGAGAGUUGAUUUAUUGAAUAUUCCAAUAUUUUUUUUUGUACAUACAUUAUUUUUGUGUUCAUUAAUUGUCUCGUUUUGAUUACUUUUGAUUUCUCUAAGGUCAAAAAAAAUAAAAAAGAAAAUAUAAAAAACCAUUAAUUAAACUAAACAACUGUGAAGUAUCUGCCACUUAAAAAGAUCCUGCCCAUGGUAAAUAUAAUAUAAAGUGUUUUUUAAGUUUGUAUGUUACCAUUAUUCUUCAAUUGUGACAAGAGUCAUAUCAAAUAUUUAAAGCUGUCUAAAAUUGAAGAAUACUUGUUUACUUUAAAGUGUAUUUCUGUUUCAUUUUUCUGGAACGGAAUCAAGCUGUGUUAAAAUCAAUUUCAAGCGGAGUGACUCAGUGCAUCCUAACUGUUGUUUUGUGUGUGUAGAAUUCCAAAUGGCACAGCAGAUGUCAUCCUUAUAAUUGUUGUUGCACAAUUUACAUCACUCUUAAAUAAAUUAUAUGAAAGUGGGUUCCGCUAAAUUCAAUGGACUGAUAUAGCAUAUAAUUGUACAUAAUGUGUCAAAUAUGAACUUGAGAAUGAACAAAGACGUCUCAUAUUUAUUAUAUCUUCUUAGUGACUUGUUAGUGUGAGUAUGUUGUUGACAGUCUGGUUGAUUAAUUUUAGUUGUAACUGUGUAAUUGUUAUUGACGUCACAAUGGAUGGAUCUGUAACUAAAUGUUAGUCACAUUAGCUGUUAAUACUUCUUUCCAUUCUAAUAUUAUUUUUUAUAUAGCGUAGGGAAUGAUUGCUUCCACAUUAAAAGGAUCCGUCCAUUGGCACGCCCUGCAUCGACCUCAAGUCUUUCCUCGGAGCGAAGUUAUGUUGUAAUUUACACAAUCGUAAUCUGUACACAUUUUUUACUUUAAUAAUUCCUGGGAAACAGUGAAAUGUGGCCUUACACGAUGGGUACAUUUGCUGUUGUUAAAUAUGUAAAUAAAAGUUGAAUUAUUGUAAAUAAUAAAAAUUAUAAAAUAUAUGUUUUUUGCUAUA